CUACCAUUCUCCAUUCCCACAUACAUAUAUAUAUGUGGACAACAUAGUUAAAACCGAAGAGAAAUUCCUCUUUAUACACACACAUACGUUCAAGCAUAUGGGUUGGGCACAUACAGUGCUGGUGCUAGUGAUUUGCAUGGGGAUCACUAGCACGGGCUCAUCGUACAAUGAUGAAGCAGCCCUUUUAGCCAUCAAGAAUCGUGUAACGUCCGACCCGAACAACCUCUUGCUAAACAAUUGGACCCAAGCAACGCCGUUUUGCAAUUGGUACGGUGUUACUUGCAGCACAAGGCACACGACGAGAGUGACCUCGAUUAGACUUCUAAGUGCGGGCCUAAGUGGCACCAUUGCCAAAGAAAUCGGCAAUCUUUCCUUCCUCGUUUUCUUGGAAAUUGGAAACAACAGUUUCCAAGGAGACGUCCCGGAGGAAAUAGGGUUUCUGCACCGGCUAAGGCACUUGUCUCUUCAGUACAACAUGCUCUCGGGCUCGAUUCCCCAGAGUUUUGGAUUGCUGGGUAGUCUCCAACUAUUAGAUCUCUCGAACAACCACCUCAUUGGAACUAUACCUUUUUCCAUCUUCAACAUCUCUUCUUUGGGGGUUAUCGAUUUCAAUGACAACCAAUUACAAGGGACUCUCCCGACGGAUAUCUGUCGCAAUCUGCCUAGGCUGCGGGCCUUGUCUGCUACAAGCAAUCAGUUGGGGGGUGAACUCCCAUCACUCGACAAAUGCACACAAGCUAUUUAUAUUUCCUUGUCCAGAAAUCGAUUCACUGGAAGCCUUCCCAAGGAAUUUCGUAACUUCUCAGUACUUGAGGGGCUAUAUCUGGGAUGGAAUAAUUUGACAGGUAACACUCCGGUCAGUGAUUGA